CCGACUUCCGCUUCCGGUGAGUCAGUGUGCGGCUGGUUGCUGGUGAGGAGCGGAAGGAUUCUCGGCUGGAGGAGGCGACGAGGACGGAGCCAUGGCGGAGAGCGGCGCGGAGCGGGCCGAUGGGCGCAUCGUGAAGAUGGAGGUGGACUACAGCGCCACCGUGGACCAGCGCUUGCCCGAGUGCGAGCAGAUGGCCCGGGAUGGAAGACUUCAAGAAGCAAUUGAAACCUUAUUGUCCUUGGAAAAACAGACUCGAACUGCCUCAGAUAUGGUAUCCACUUCUCGGAUUUUGGUUGCUGUAGUUAAAAUGUGUUAUGAUGCUAAAGACUGGGAUGCUCUUAAUGAAAAUAUUAUUCUUCUGUCAAAGAGGAGAAGUCAGUUGAAACAGGCAGUUGCUAAAAUGGUCCAACAGUGCUGUUCUUACGUUGAAGAGAUUUCAGAUCUAUCAAUCAAAUUGCGAUUAAUUGACACAUUGCGGAUGGUCACAGAAGGGAAGAUUUAUGUUGAAAUUGAGAGGGCUAGGCUGACAAAUACUCUUGCAACAAUCAAAGAACAGAGUGGAGAUGUGAAAGAAGCAGCUUCAAUUCUGCAAGAGCUUCAGGUGGAAACAUAUGGAUCAAUGGAAAAGAAAGAGCGUGUGGAAUUCAUCUUGGAACAGAUGAGACUUUGUCUGGCUGUGAAGGACUACAUUCGAACCCAAAUUAUUAGCAAAAAAAUUAACACUAAAUUUUUCCAGGAAGAAAAUACAGAAAAAUUAAAACUGAAGUACUACAAUUUAAUGAUUCAGCUGGAUCAACAUGAGGGUUCCUAUCUUUCCAUCUGCAAGCACUACAGAGCAAUUUAUGAUACGCCUUGUAUCCAGGCUGAAGGUGAAAAAUGGCAACAGGCCCUGAAGAGUGUUGUUCUAUAUGUUAUUCUUUCACCUUAUGACAAUGAACAGUCUGACCUGGUGCAUAGAAUAAGCAGCGAUAAAAAACUAGAAGAUAUUCCUAAGUAUAAAGAUCUUUUAAAACUAUUUACCACUAUGGAACUGAUGCGCUGGACCACUUUGGUUGAGGAAUAUGGAAAAGAAUUGAGGGAAGGCUCUCUAGAAAGCCCUGCCACAGAUGUAUUUGGUUAUACAGAAGAAGGAGAAAAAAGAUGGAAAGAUUUAAAAAACAGAGUAGUUGAGCAUAAUAUUAGAAUAAUGGCAAAAUAUUAUACCAGAAUUACCAUGAAAAGAAUGGCACAACUUCUGGAUCUAUCAGUUGAUGAAUCUGAAGAAUUUUUGUCCAACUUGGUGGUGAAUAAAACCAUCUUUGCCAAAGUUGAUAGGCUGGCAGGAAUUAUCAACUUUCAGAGACCGAAGGACCCUAAUAACUUACUCAAUGACUGGUCUCACAAGCUCAAUUCAUUGAUGGCUCUAGUUAACAAAACUACACAUCUCAUUGCCAAAGAGGAGAUGAUACAUAACCUGCAAUAGAAUGUCUCAGUAGCCUUAAUGCUUAGGGAGAGGCAUUGAAUUGGUCAUAGAAAGAGACUUUAUCCCACUGUAUAUUUGCGGGUUUUUGUUUUUUCAUCUUACCCUUCCAGGUGAAACUUAGAACAUAAUCACUUUUGAAGAAUUGUUGACAAUUAAGUUCUUUUGAUUAUUCAUAUGGUUUAUAACAUUUUUGCUGCAAUUGAUGGAUAAACAAUAAAAUUGCCUGUGUAAUGGAAAUGGCCUUUAAUUUACUCCAGAUUGUCUUUAGCUGUCCAGCAAAAACUUCCAUUAGUCUUAGAUAUUCUUUUUCACUCUUCCAGAUAUAUGAGUAUGUUAUAAUAUAUUAUUUUGUUUAAAAAAAGUGUGCAAGGUAGUUCUAUAAUGUUCACUUUUCCUAAGCAAAGUAUCUUGGAAUUUCAGGCACAAAGCUGAAUUACCAUUAUUAUUUUAUGCUGUAGUAUGGUAGCUAUAUAGAAUGUGCUCUAACAAGAUGGCAUGGGAUAAGUUGUAGCCUGUUUCUGCUUUUUAUGUGUAAUUUUUUAAUUGGACAUGUAUUUAACUAUGGUAAUAGUGAAGUAAUUUUUACGAAAAACUGAGUUCAGCCUUGCAGAUGUCUUAAUAAAAGAACAUAUAGACUGUU